CACUUCCCUGGGAUUUCAUUUCGGGGGGAGGGGGGUGCGCGCAGAACAGAAAGCAAGAGAAAAGAUCCGCCAUAUUCCUGCCUUACCACGCCCGGAGAGCUGAGCUACUGAAAUCCAUCUGGCUGCACUGUAUAUGCACCAGUCUCUGCCUCCCACCCCGCCUCCCGCGGUACCCACCCCCGUUUCUUACACCAAAGGAAAGGCGGAACCGAGAAAGGAAGAGCUGGCCCUCCCUGGCUGUCGCUGCCGCCGCCUUCGAAGACAAGCAAGCGCAGCCAUCUCUCCCCCUCCCUAUCUCUUCGCCCUCAGGCUCCCUAGCGAGGGAAGUUGACUUUCCAAGAAGCAGUCCGGAGGGUUUCGCAGGGUCAGGACAGAAGCCGUGUCUCCUGCGCGGGACUCUCGGGAGCCGCCGCCUUCGGGAAAAGGCAGCGGGAGGGGGGGGAGCGGGGAGAAAUCGAAGGAAAUGGACGGGCUCGGAGCGGAGGGCGGCUUCGGGCGCAGCCGUUAAAGGCUUCCAGGCGGAGAAGGGAAGAGCCGCGCGGUUUGCCAGAGGGUCGGGAGAGGAAACCGAGAGGAGGAGGCGGCGGCAGCGCAGGAAUAGAGGGAGGGGUUGGAAAGCGGGGUUGUUUGCAAGCAGGGCGCUUUUGCUUUCUGCCGGGCAGCGCGCUUGCUGCUUCUGCUGCUGCUUCUGCCUGGGCGGAUGUUUCUCCGCGGUUUGGCGCAGGAUUGAAGGGAGAGGAGGACUCGGAAGCGGCGAGGGUUUCCGAAGGCAGGCUUGCUGGGGAAUUGUAGGUGGGGGAUACCUGCCCGGGGCGGAGGUGCCCGGGCGUCUCCACGUAUUAGCAGCUAGGGUUCUCCCCGGGGCUCGCCUUGCCUUUUGCCCGCGCCUGCCGACGGGAGGGGCGCUCCGACUGAGGAGCGGGAGGGCUUUCUGGCGCUCGCGGCUUUGUGGCUCGGGGGUCUGCGUGUUUUUCGGGGGGUGGGGGUGGGGGCUGCGCCUGAACCAGCUCGGAAGAAUGACUCUGGAGUCCAUCAUGGCGUGCUGCCUGAGCGAGGAAGCCAAGGAAGCCAGGAGGAUCAACGAUGAGAUCGAGAGGCAGCUCCGCCGAGACAAGCGGGACGCCCGCCGAGAACUCAAGCUGCUGCUGUUGGGUACAGGAGAAAGUGGCAAAAGCACAUUUAUCAAACAAAUGAGAAUCAUUCACGGUUCAGGAUAUUCUGAGGAAGACAAAAGAGGGUUCACAAAGCUGGUGUAUCAGAAUAUAUUUACAGCAAUACAGUCUAUGAUCAGAGCUAUGGAUACACUCAGAAUCCCAUACAAUUAUGAGCAUAAUAAGGCCAAUGCACAACUGGUUCGAGAAAUUGAUAUAGAGAAAGUGUCCUCAUUUGAGAAUCCCUAUGUAGAUGCAAUAAAGAGCUUAUGGAAUGAUCCUGGUAUUCAAGAAUGCUAUGACAGACGACGGGAAUAUCAGUUGUCAGAUUCUACAAAAUAUUAUCUUAACGAUUUGGACCGCAUAGCAGGCCCUGGAUAUCUACCCACUCAACAAGAUGUUCUUAGAGUCCGAGUUCCAACUACAGGAAUCAUUGAAUAUCCAUUUGACUUACAAAGUGUUAUUUUCAGAAUGGUGGAUGUGGGGGGACAGCGAUCGGAACGAAGAAAAUGGAUACACUGUUUUGAAAAUGUCACCUCCAUUAUGUUUCUAGUAGCUCUUAGCGAAUAUGAUCAAGUACUUGUGGAGUCAGACAAUGAGAAUCGAAUGGAGGAAAGCAAAGCACUAUUUAGGACAAUUAUCACGUAUCCCUGGUUCCAGAAUUCUUCAGUCAUUCUAUUCUUAAAUAAGAAAGACCUUUUAGAGGAGAAAAUAAUGUAUUCACAUCUAGUUGACUAUUUCCCGGAGUAUGAUGGACCUCAGCGAGAUGCACAGGCAGCAAGAGAAUUUAUCUUGAAGAUGUUUGUUGACCUGAAUCCUGAGAGUGAAAAAAUUAUCUACUCCCAUUUCACAUGUGCCACAGACACAGAGAAUAUCCGCUUCGUCUUUGCUGCUGUCAAGGACACUAUCUUACAGUUAAACCUGAAGGAGUACAACUUGGUCUAACUGUGCCUCUUAGAUCUCUAUCUACCCACUUCGGGCAAUUGAAGAUAUUCAAGAGGGACUGUAUUAUCUGUGAAAAUGAUCUGCGUAAUACUAAUUUAUUGCUGGCCUGGACUCUGUUAAUAUUUGCAGAGUUUGUAGUUAAAUAUUACAAUUUUAUUUAAACUUUACAGAGGAAA